AUGUCUCGGGUUGACCUCCUCACAUACACCCUCCACGCCGCUAUGGCCUUCAACAUGCUCUCUCUUGCAGCCACCAUCCUUGGGGACGCCUACGGCUGGCACGUAACUUUCUUCAUCGUCGUCUUGUUUGGCAGCAUCUGCAUCACCUCGGUUUCAUCCAUCCACGCGCUAGGUCAGGUUGCCGCAUGUGUUGCAACUCUUUUCAUAUGGUACCAAGUUUUAUAUCGUCUGCGCGCCUACCUCACUCCGCCUCCUUCUCGCCAGCAACGCCGCAUCUACCUCCUCCGACCCUCUCCGCCUCCACCCCAAAAGAUGUCGACGCCAUACUACCAGCUGCAACAACCUCUUCUUUGCCAUCACCGCACAUGUUGGGCCGCCGCCUCUGCCUUUUCGACCCGCGAGAAAAAAGGCCCCGAUGGCCUCACUCCAUUUAUGCGCGAACAGUGGGCGCUCGCAGCCCCCGGAACACCGAGGCCGGAUAUGGAGGAAAUCCUGUCCACACUCACUGUUACGCCCGCCCACCAUCUCGAGCGUUUUAUCAGCUGGAUCAAGGAGAGCUGGGAGAGUCUGCCUCGAAACGCGGUGCUAGUUGUCUCUGCGGUGGCUCUUGUCCUGGUCGUCAGGCCUGCGAUCUCCGUCUGCAAAUUCCUAAGUCAUGUCGACUGGACGAGGCUGUAUGUGGUCAUCGGGAUGCUGGUCUUGGUGUGGCUUUGCGGCGGUGGGACGGCGGAGAGGGCUCCGGCGCCGAGGUACGAAACUGUAGUAUCUUACUACCUCGUUCCGGAGCCCGUCAAUAGCAGGCUGGCCUGCUACGUUCGCCGGAAAUGA